AUGGGACGAGGCGAUAGUGACAAUAUCCCGACCAAAGCCAAUUCAGACCAGUUCCGCACCCCCGAUAAACCUGUCUUAUCGAGCAAGCUGAAACGAGCACCAGCACGACUAGGAGUGUCAUCCCUAGGUACCCCAGCCGAAACAUCAACCUCGACUUCCUCUCACUCCACGGCAUCGGCGUCCAGAUCAAGAUCGGGAAAUCCGAAACGAACUCCCACCCUAGACCAGACGACUUUGACACAGAUCGAGUUUGUGAAGAGAUCCCAACCCGACUCUGAUGAAGAUGUGUUUGAUUACAUUGGCAAUUCGGGGCCGGCUGCAACUGAGGUGAUUGAGAUUGGGGAUGAUAAAGAGCUGGAUAAUGCGAACGAUCCACCGUCUGCUUCACGCAUCAAACGUGAGCGCAUCGUCAAGUUUGACUCUGCGCCUUCGAAGCUCAAGAGAACUGGCUCCGGUCAAAUUGAUGUGACGUCAGGGAAAGGGCGCAGAAAGAGCGGUGAUAAGAAGGACAAAGGAGCGCAAAAGGACGACAACACUUUAACUCAGAUGAAAUAUGUGCGGCGAAUUGAUCUUGAGGCUGAUGAGGGUGAUGGGAAGCUGGAAUACGCAUAUAUCACCCCGAAGAAAAGGGACACUGAGCUUCAACCGGCCAAUAUCGGGGAAGUCAGCCACAUCAAGCCACAGCCGACAUACAUAUCUGAACCUUCUAGCGAACACAAGAGGAGAAAAUUAAGUCCAUUUUCAGAGAAAGAAGGGGUUCAUCGAACGGAAGUCAAGCCGGAGACGAAAGUCGAAACUUCUCCUUCGACGCCCCGAAAGCCUAUAAGAACCGAAAUACCCUCGUCACAAUCACCUGAAAGUCCAGGAGUUGCGUUCAUUACAUCCUCACAGUUUCGCAGCGCAACUCGAUCGUCUGAAAAACGACCCCUCAAAAAGUCCAGUCAGCCCUCUUUUAAGGAAUCCCCCUUAUUGUAUGGAAAAGGGAGUGCUCCCGAGACCGUGCAAAAGCCAAUCAUUGACGAAAAGCCGAGACUUCGUACGCAAUUACCUUUACCUAAUAACUCAACGCCUCGACUUUCUUCACCAGCUCGUGAAGGAUCGGCCGGGGCCAUGCGAAAAGCGAACGAAAUGGCCGAGUCUACUGGUGACGCUCCGGCGAUGUCUACUUCAAAACAGCGCUCUUCUCAGCGGACGGUCGUGUAUGAGACAGACGCAGAGACGGAUUAUGACGACUCCGAAGAUGACGCGCCAGUUUCUCCAGACUCACCUAAAGAUAUAGAUGCAGCAGUCUCUCAGGUUGAAACGCAUGUCGAAGAUGAGCUUGAUUUGAUCAAUAUUGAAUCUCAAGAACUCCCACCGCCCCCUGUACCCGAACAAGAAACUGACUCGGGCCCAUUGCAACCCGACUCGAAUUUCCUGUCUGACGCAUCCAUAUGCUACCAGAGAGUUCAUCCCGAUACCCAAUUCCCGCUAGAGCCCGUGCCUACGAUAAACACGCAGAAAAUGGCAGAGCUCUUCCCGGAGGAAUCUAAUGGCUUGCGCACGAUAACUCCACUUCCGUCAUCAUCGCCAACAAAAACUCGCCAGGCGCCUAAUAUUCCAAUGAUGGUGUCUGAAACCCAACUUCCCCAUCAAGAUCAGCCUGAAUCACAGGAUGGGAGUCGAACGCAGACAGAAAUUGUUCCAGAAUCCUCGCCAAUUGCGCGCCAUGAGAACGGCGUUUCCUUGGAGAGGCCUGGCCCGUUGGCGAGAGACGUUGUGAUCCAAGUUGAGUCUUCGCAACCAGUGGACAGGGCCUACAGGCAAACGACUGGUGGACAAGAUUCUCCGCCUCGAAAGAUGCUGUCCAGAAGCCAGAUUCUGACAUCAAGCGUCAUGGAGAGUAUCCCCAUACCCGGAUUUUGGAUGAGUAGUCAGGACAGCGUUGGGGAGCCGUACAGCCAACCGAACCCGUGA